ACUUUGGUCUUUCCCCUUCAGAUAGUUCGUGUAGAGAGAGAGAGACAUCUCUCUCUCCUCCCCAAAAAGAUAUACAAAAGCUUCUCAAAAGCCCUCAGCUUUUAUUUCUUUGUCUGCCAUUAAAAUUGUCUUAAAUAUAAUGCCUCCUAUCUCCUUCUCCCAUCCCCACUUCUCUUCUUCCAACCCCUCUCUCUCUCUUCUACACCCUCUCUUCCUUUCUCUCUUCAUCAAUAUUCUUCCCAUUUCCCUUUGAUUUUCUUUGUUUAAUUCCUCUCUUUCUUUCUUUUCCAUCAGUUUCUUUCUUUAGCCGCUUGGAAGUGUCUAUACGAAUGGGUUGAUUUGUCUUGGCUAUGUAGUCUUUGCCAGGAUUUCCAUGAUACUACGAACUCACACAAAUUCUGGUUUUGAAAGACAGAAAACGAAGGAAAACCUGUGAGAAACUGUUGGGAAGUCGUAAAAAUCUCAUUUUUCUUGCAUAAUCUCCUCCAUUUUCCAUUUGGGCAUUCGUUAAAACCUACCAAAACCCACAACAAACCUCAAAAUGAUCAGUAUCACAGACCUCUACCAUGUUCUCACAGCUGUUGUGCCACUUUAUGUGGCUAUGAUCUUAGCCUAUGGCUCAGUGAAAUGGUGGAAGAUCUUUAGCCCUGACCAGUGUUCAGGGAUCAACAGAUUCGUUGCUCUAUUUGCCGUGCCUUUGCUUUCUUUUCACUUUAUCUCCACUAACAAUCCUUACGCUAUGAACUAUAGGUUCAUUGCAGCGGACACUCUCCAAAAAAUCAUAGUUCUUGUGGUUUUAGCCAUCUGGUCUAGACUUAGUUCUAGAGGCUCCCUUGAAUGGUCCAUCACUCUCUUUUCUCUCUCCACUCUCCCAAACACUCUGGUUAUGGGCAUCCCUUUGUUGAAGGGUAUGUAUGGGGACUCCUCGGGAACCCUUAUGGUUCAAAUAGUUGUCCUUCAAUGCAUAAUAUGGUACACGUUGAUGCUUUUUCUAUUUGAAUAUAGAGGAGCUAGAAUCUUGAUUGGCGAACAGUUUCCUGACACUGCUGGCUCUAUAAUCUCCUUCAGAGUUGAUUCUGAUAUAAUUUCUUUAGAUGGUAGAGAGCCAUUGCAAACUGAAGCAGAGCUUGGUGAGGAUGGCAAGCUCCAUGUUACAGUGAGGAAAUCAACCAGCUCAAGAUCAGAAAUCUUCUCUCGCAGAUCCCAUGGUCCAAAUUCAGGCCUAUCAUUGACUCCUAGACCAUCCAAUCUAACAAAUGCAGAGAUAUAUUCUCUCCAAUCUUCAAGAAAUCCAACACCAAGAGGCUCAAGCUUUAACCACACUGAUUUUUACUCAAUGGUGAAUGGCAAAAAUGCAAGCAAUGUGAGUCCUAGACAAUCAAACUUUGGUAACCUGCCAUUUGAUGAAGAAAAUGGAGGAAUUGGAGUGUAUGGAAAUGUUUCAAGAGCAAAUGGGAAUGCUUAUCCUGCUCCACCAAAUGCUGGGAUAUUCUCUCCUGGAACCAAGAAGAAAGCAAAUGGAGCUGAUAAUGGCAGAGACUUGCACAUGUUUGUUUGGAGUUCUAGUGCUUCACCAGUUUCAGAAGGUGGGAUACAUGUCUUCAGGGGAGGAGCUACUGAUUAUGCCAAUGAACUUGGUGGGGCAACUCACCAGAAAGAUUAUGAUGAGUUUGGUCGGGAUGAGUUCAGCUUUGGAAACAGACAGGUAGCCAAUGGGGUAGACAGGGAGGGUCCAGUGCUAUCCAAGCUUGGUUCAAGCUCCACAGCAGAGCUCCACCCAAAGGCUGGUGCUGAUGGCGAACCCAAGCCCACUGCCAUGCCACCUGCUAGUGUUAUGACAAGACUUAUUCUCAUUAUGGUUUGGAGAAAACUUAUAAGGAAUCCCAAUACUUAUUCGAGCCUCAUUGGCCUUACUUGGUCUCUUGUUUCUUUCAAAUGGAACGUAGAGAUGCCUGCGAUUAUUGCUCGUUCCAUAUCUAUCCUAUCUGAUGCUGGUCUUGGAAUGGCUAUGUUUAGCCUUGGUUUGUUUAUGGCAUUACAGCCGAAGAUCAUUGCUUGUGGAAACUCGGUCGCGUCAUUUGCAAUGGCUGUUAGAUUUCUCACUGGUCCUGCAGUUAUGGCUGCUGCUUCAAUUGCUGUUGGAUUAAGGGGAGUUCUGUUGCACAUUGCCAUAGUACAGGCAGCUCUUCCACAAGGAAUUGUCCCCUUUGUUUUUGCGAAGGAAUAUAAUGUUCAUCCUGACAUAUUGAGCACUGGGGUUAUAUUUGGGAUGUUAAUAGCUCUUCCCAUUACACUGGUCUAUUACAUCUUGCUGGGACUUUGAAGAUUAAGCAGGAGAAGCUAGUUUUUACAGUAGUAGUAUUUUUAACCAAUUUGGCAUGAGAUUUUUGGGCAAUGUCUAACACAACAUCUUCAAUCUAAAGACUGCAUUUUGAGAUCAGAAGAAACUAGCUAGGAAGAGGACUUAGAAGAAGAUGAUGAUGAACAGAUUACAUUUCUCUUCAAGGACUUAGUUUUGAUUAUGGAAAGAAAGAGUGAAGAGAGAGUUAAGGGAGGCUAGAGCUUUUGUUCUCUUUUUGGCUGUUUUUGUAUUUUUAUCUGAAGCCUUGGUGGCUUUUGCUUUUGUUCUUUUAAUGGAGAAAGUAAAGCAUGUUUCCUUC